ACGCCGCCACGAGUCUUGACAUUAGCGGAUCACUAUUUUCCAGCAGUUGACGAAGACGAUGUUAAUACUUUCACAAAUGAACUUAGAGAAGCUGAAUCUAAUAUUAGUCAUCCACGCAAUCGAUAUAAUCCUGAAACUCACAUCACUCGACAUGCAAGAGAGCAGACUCCAUCGUAUAGCGCCUUGGAUGUUUCUCUUCUACCCAGUGAAGAAAUCCAACAUUUACGACGUCAAGUUGGAAAAUUGAAUCGUCGGGUGAUGGCAGUCGAACUCGAAAUGUUACAACGACAACAACGUGAUAAAAUUUUAUACGCAGUAACAAUAACAUAUUUCUUAUUGAAGGCUUUCAGUUGGUUUACUAGAAACUAACAUCUUUGUAAGCAUAACGUUUGUUCGAAGUCUAUGAAACGUACGAUGAUGUUAACGAGUGAUCUACCAAAAGUCUCUACGCUCGGUUUCACAAAUUAGAAACCCAAAUAUUUUAGUUUCCGUUCGCGAUAUGUGUGAAUUUUUCAUUGUUUAAUGCAUCUGAGAUAGUAAUGUUGCCGCAAGAAUUCACGAAAUAAACAGUAACAAAAAAAAACGAUACAAAAUAGAGUUCGAUAAAAUCUGUAAAAAUCACGUAAGGAAUCAUCUCAAUUUCGAGAUGCCGUUAACAUCGAUAAUGCUGUAAUAUUAUUAUUUCAUAUUCAAAUAAUGUGUGUAAAUUAACAUUAUGCGUACAUACAUCGCGUGGCAUUUUUUUCGGACAUUUACUAUUAGUCACAAGGCAUAUGUUGACAGUUGCAUGUAUACAUAUAUGUAGGAUUGUUCAGAUAUCACCUGAAGAUAAGGUUGUUAAUUCUAAAUAACUUUGUACUUUCUAUCCGGUAUAUUAAUCCAAAAAUCAAAGUUAAGAACAGAUUGAUUCAAGCAUGCAUGAUUAUUGCUGCUUCAUUUUUUUGGGCCCUUCGGUUUUCUGUAUCAAAAAAACUUUCUUUUUUGGUUCUAUUGUACAAAGAACUUAGUUUAUUUUUUUCAUAUUUAAUUUCACUUUCCCUCGAUACUGGUUGCAGACUGUGUGUAAUAUAAAUUAUGUAUUGAUAUUUUGACUGUAUUUCGUCUAUUAGUGCAUAUAGAUAUAGUGCAUAAAUAUAGGAAAUAAUAAGUUCCUUUCUUAAUUCUUACUGAUCAAAAUUAUGCCGUGAGAUGCAAUUGUAAUAAAAUUAUUAGUUAACACGUUCACUUAUUAGAAAGUAUAUCAAUUCAUUCGACAUGUCAUCUCAUUUAUGUUAGAAAUGUAAAACUUGUGAAUGAAGUUCUAACAAACUGAUAUUUAACAUGGUAUAAUAAGCAAAAAUGAUCGAAUAAAUAUUUGAUGCAAUUCCUUGCUCAUGGCCAUACUAUAUAAUAUAUUAUGUUUAUAUAAUAUAAAAAUAAAUGUUACAAAAAUAAUGUCUA